GAAUUGGAUUUGACAAUUCAAUUCAAUUAGUCGCAAAAACACUGCAGAAAAUAUCCGUAUUCUUGUUAUUAGAGUUUUGUAUAAUGAUAUUUUAAUUGAAAUAUACAAUUAAUAAGAAUGGAUAUAACUUCAGCUGCCAGUAAGCCGGUCAACCUAGCACCUAAUGUCGCCGUAAAUGCGGUUUUACUUCCAAGUCAAGAGCUCCCUGCAGAAACUCCCAUCGUGUCAGGCUACGACUGGGAAAAUGGCACAGAUUUCAACAAAAUACUCGAGAGCUACACCCGUUCAGGAUUCCAAGCCACCAACUUCGGCAAUGCGGUCCAAGAAAUCAAUAAAAUGUUAAAAUGUCGGUCUGUUCCCUUGACUGAAGAAACAAGUGACCCUUACGAAGAAGAUGUGUUUAUUAAGAAGAAAACUAACUGCACUAUAUUUCUGGGAUAUACUUCGAACAUGAUUUCUUCGGGCUUACGUGAUACAUUGCGGUUUUUGGUCAAAAACAAGCUUGUUGACUGUAUUGUGACAACUGCUGGAGGUGUGGAAGAAGAUUUCAUCAAAUGUCUCGCUCCCACAUAUGUUGGAGACUUCAAUUUAAGCGGGAAAAUGUUGAGGACUCGCGGCAUAAACAGGAUCGGAAACUUAUUAGUACCAAAUGAUAACUAUUGCCGAUUUGAGGAGUGGGUAACUCCGAUCCUUGAUGAGAUGCUAGAUGAACAAAUGCAAAACGGAACUGUGUGGACUCCUUCCAGAAUUAUAGCUAGAUUAGGUGAGAAAAUUAAUGAUGAGAGCUCAGUAUGCUACUGGGCUUGGAGGAACAAUAUUCCAGUUUUCAGUCCUGCACUGACUGAUGGAUCGCUAGGUGAUAUGAUGUACUUUCAUUCUUACAAGCGGCCAGGACUUAUCAUAGAUAUCUUAAGCGACUUAAGGAGGCUGAAUACAAUGGCAGUAAAAGCCAACAAUACGGGUAUGAUAAUUUUAGGAGGUGGUGUGAUCAAACACCACAUCUGUAAUGCUAAUCUUAUGAGGAACGGAGCUGACUUCGCAGUAUACAUAAAUACAGCCAGCGAGUUUGAUGGAAGCGAUGCAGGUGCAAGACCUGAUGAAGCAGUGUCCUGGGGCAAGAUCAGACCGAAUGCAACUCCGGUUAAGCUGUAUGCUGAUGCAACUUUAGUGUUUCCACUGAUUGUCGGCCAAACAUUUGCAAAGCAUCAUUUUAGCAAUAAAAAGAAUGUAUAAAUU